GACCAGCUCCAGCAGAAGAUCAUAUGCCCUGGGCCGGUGACCUGCCUGACGGCGUCUCCCAACGGGCUCUACAUCUUGGCUGGGGUGGCUGAGAGCAUCUACCUGUGGGAGGUCUCCAAUGGGACCCUCCUGGCCAUCCUGAAUCGGCACUACCAGGACCUCACCUGCCUCUGCUUCACUGACGACAGCAGCCACUUUCUGUCGGGGGCCAAGGACUGCCUGGCGCUGGUGUGGAACCUCUACAGUGUCCUGCAGGCAGAGCCCUCCCAGAUCCCCGACCCGCGCCACGUGUGGUCCCGGCACAGCCUCCCCAUCACGGAUCUGUGCUGCGGCUUUGGGGGGCCCUUGGCGCGAGCUGCCACAGCCUCUCUUGACCAGACAGCAAAGCUCUGGGAGGUCUCCUCUGGGGAGCUCCUGCUUUCCGUCCUCUUCGACGUGGGGAUCAUGGCCGUGACCCUGGACCUCUCUGAGUACCACAUGUUCUGCGGCGGCAUGGAUGGGUCCAUCUUCCAGGUCGACCUCUGUGCCUGGCCAGUGCAGCGAGACCAGACCUUCCAGACAGAGCCGGAGAACGGGAAGAUCUUCAAAGGGCACAGGAACCAGGUGACGUGUCUGUCGGUUUCUACGGACGGCAGUUUGCUGCUCUCGGGCUCACACGACGAAACAGUCCGGCUGUGGGACAUCCAGAGCAAGCAGUGCCUGAAGACGAUGAAUCACAAAGGUAGGCAUGCCUUUAUC